AUGGGUAUUACUCGGCGAGCCAAGGAUAAGGCUGCUGGCCAUGCCGGCGGCGUCGCCCGGUCUGGCGGCGCCGGAGCCAGCAAGCCCAAGAAGGCCACCUUCGACACGACCAAGAAGAAGGAGAUCGGAGUAUCAGAUUUGACCUUGCUGAGCAAGGUCUCGAACGAAGCGAUCAACGAGAACUUGAAAAAGAGAUUCGAGGGCGCCGAAAUCUACACCUACAUCGGCCAUGUGCUGGUGUCUGUCAAUCCCUUCCGGGAUCUCGGGAUCUACACCGACCAGGUCCUGGACAGCUACCGAGGCAAGAACCGACUGGAGAUGCCGCCGCAUGUGUUCGCCAUCGCCGAGUCGGCAUACUACAACAUGAAGGCGUACAAGGACAACCAGUGUGUGAUUAUCUCGGGCGAGUCCGGUGCCGGCAAGACCGAGGCCGCGAAGCGCAUCAUGCAGUACAUCGCAAACGUGUCCGGAGGCGACACGGGCGACAUCAAGCAAAUAAAGGACAUGGUGUUGGCCACAAACCCCCUGCUCGAGUCCUUCGGCAACGCCAAAACGCUGCGCAACAAUAACUCGUCGCGUUUCGGCAAGUACUUGCAGAUCCACUUUAACAGUGUGGGCGAGCCUGUUGGUGCCGACAUCACCAACUAUCUGCUGGAGAAAACGAGGGUCGUGGGCCAGAUCACGAAUGAGCGGAAUUUCCACAUCUUCUAUCAGUUCACCAAGGGCGCAUCCGAAAACUAUCGCCAAAUGUUUGGCGUGCAGAAGCCAGAGACGUAUCUCUACACCAGCCGGUCCAAGUGCUUCAACGUCGAUGGCAUAGACGACGUCGCAGACUUGAAGGAAACGCUAGAGGCGAUGAGGAUCAUCGGCCUGUCCCAGGCUGAGCAGGACAGCAUCUUCCGCAUGCUUGCAGCCAUCUUGUGGACCGGUAACCUCGUCUUCCGGGAGGACGACAGCGGUUACGCGGCAGUAUCGGAUCAGUCUGUGGUUGACUUCCUCGCUUAUCUCCUCGAAGUCGACUCCCAGGAGUUGAUCAAGGCCAUCACGAUCCGCAUCCUCACGCCGAGGAACGGUGAGGUUAUCGAGUCGCCCGCCAACGUUGCCCAAGCGAUGGCUACGCGGGAUGCUCUGGCCAAAGCGAUCUACAGCAAUUUGUUUGACUGGAUUGUGGAGCGCAUUAACCAAUCUCUGAAAGCACGGCAACAGGCGAGCAACACGAUCGGUAUCUUGGAUAUCUAUGGCUUUGAGAUUUUUGAGAAGAACAGCUUCGAGCAGCUCUGCAUCAACUACGUCAAUGAGAAACUGCAGCAGAUCUUUAUUCAGUUGACUCUCAAGACGGAGCAGGAGGAGUACGCGAGAGAACAGAUCAAGUGGACGCCCAUCUCAUAUUUUGACAACAAGAUUGUCUGCGACUUGAUUGAGUCUACACGACCGCCGGGCGUGUUCUCAGCCAUGAAGGACGCCACCAAGACGGCCCAUGCCGACCCAGCGGCUUGCGACCGAACUUUCAUGCAGAGUAUCAAUGGCAUGUCCAACCCGCACUUGACGCCUCGCCAAGGCAACUUCAUCAUCAAGCAUUACGCUGGUGAUGUGUCUUAUACCGUGGACGGCAUCACCGACAAGAACAAGGAUCAGCUACUCAAGGGCUUGUUGAAUUUGUUCCAGGUCAGCCAGAACCAGUUUGUUCACACUCUUUUCCCCCAUCAGGUCGACCAAGACAACCGUAAACAACCCCCUUCGGCCGGAGACAGGAUCCGUACGUCAGCGAAUGCCCUCGUCGAAACCCUGAUGAAGUGCCAGCCAUCAUAUAUCCGAACUAUCAAACCCAACGAGAACAAGUCGCCCUCCGAGUAUACCGUACCGAAUGUCUUGCAUCAGAUCAAAUAUCUGGGUCUCCAGGAGAACGUACGUAUCCGCCGUGCCGGUUUUGCUUACCGUCAAUCCUUUGAGAAGUUUGUCGACCGCUUCUUUCUGCUCUCUCCCGCAACAUCCUAUGCCGGUGAAUACACAUGGGACGGCUCCUACGAGGCUGCUGUCAAACAGAUCCUUAAGGACACGAGUAUCCCCAAAGAAGAAUGGCAGCUCGGUGUCACCAAGGCCUUUAUCAAGUCUCCGGAGACUCUCUUCGCUCUGGAGCAUAUGCGAGACCGCUACUGGCACAACAUGGCCACCCGUAUCCAGCGCAUGUGGCGCGCCUACCUAGCGUACCGCGCCGAAUCUGCAACUCGUAUUCAGAGGUUCUGGCGCAAGAAGCGGACUGGUGCCGAGUACAUUCAGCUGCGGGACCAGGGACACAGAAUCCUGCAGCAGCGCAAGGAAAGGAGACGCAUGAGUAUCCUGGGGUCUCGGCGUUUCCUGGGCGACUACCUCGGAAUCAAUGCUUCAACGGGACCCGGCUCCCAGAUUCGAAACGCCAUCGGUCUGGGCGGCAACGAGAGGGCGCUCUUCUCUUGUCGCGGUGAGAUCUUGGAGGCAAAAUUUGGCCGCUCGAGUAAGCCGAGCCCUAGGACUUUGAUCGUCACCAACAGCAAGUUCUACAUCGUUGCUCAGAUGCACACUGGAGGACAAUUCCACAUCGCUGUGGAGCGCUCGAUACCUCUAGGCGCCAUCAAAUUUAUUGGCGCCUCGAGCGCCCGCGAUGACUGGUUCUCCCUGGGUGUCGGCUCACCGCAGGAAGCCGAUCCUCUUCUGAACUGCGUUCUCAAGACGGAGAUGUUCACACAGAUGCAGCGCGUGAUGCCUGGCGGCUUCAACCUCAAGAUCGGGGAGACGAUCGAAUAUGCUAAGAAGCCCGGUAAGAUGCAGAUCGUCAAGGUCUUGAAGGACUCGCCCAGCCCACACGACUUCUACAAGAGCGGUGCAAUCCACACACAGCCAGGCGAGCCUGCCACCUCGGUAUCAAGGCCGACGCCCAAGGGCAAGCCGGUGCCGCCGCGCCCGAUCACCAAGGGCAAACUCAUCAAGCCUGGUGGUCCCAACGGCCGGCCCUCUCGCCUCACUGGUAACAGGGCAGUCAAGCCACGUCCUGGUGCUGCCUCUUCUCGCCCUGUCUCGCAGGCCGCCGCGCACGCCCAGCCUGCCGCUGCUGUUCAGCCUGCGGCGGCGGCUGCGGCGACGACUGUUCUGCCAUCCCACGCGAGACAGCCAUCAGCCUCGCGAGCGCCGCCGCCGCCGCCACCUAUGGCUCCGGCCCAGCCUCCCAAGAUCAUGGCCAAGGUGCUCUACGACUUUGCCGGCCAGAGGGAGAACGAGAUGUCCAUCCAUGCUGGCGACUUGAUCGAGAUUGUGCAGAAGGAAAACAAUGGUUGGUGGCUCGCCAAGAGCGGCCGUCAACAGGCCUGGGUCCCGGCGGCCUACGUCGAGGAGCAGGCGCCCGCGCCGGCCCCGCGACCGGCCCCGCCCCCGCCGCCGGCGGGCAAGGCUAAGCCCCCGCAGCCGCCGAUGAAGAGGCCCGCCGGGGGCAGGAAGCCCGGCGGUGCUGCGGCGGCAUUGCAGCCGCGCGACUCGGGCAUGAGCCUCAACGGGGCCGCGAGCGGCUCCGACGGCAGCCGGAGCAACACGCCCACCCCGGGGCUGGCUGGGAACCUGGCCGAGGCGCUGCUGGCGAGGAAGAACGCUAUGCAGAAGAAGGCGGAUGACGAUGACUGGUAG